AGUUCUAUGCAUAUCUUACGUAUCAGCGUUACUAGCUAUGCUAGAAUUCUUAGAUAACCUACGCAGCCUUAACACGUUCUACCUUCAAGUAAUUGCACUGUAUUCUACUAGGAAUUGUAUGAUGGGAAGAGACCGAGGAGAGUAUCGCGAUGACUUUGGUUGUCUCUUAUCCUUUGUGUCUUUGACUGAUUUAUAUAGUCAAGGCUGACGAGCAUUCCUCAGCGACACCAGUACCGAGCUUCGUCCACACAAGCAAGUCCGAUGUUCGUCCAUACAAGCAAGUCCGGUUUUCGUCCAUAUGAAUGAGUCCGGUAUUCGUCCAUGCGAAAGAGGCAAUAGAAAAACAAGGGAUAGCACCUUUGCACGCCCGACUCCUUCAAUGUACCUACCGGGCGAAAUGGUCGGGCCGAUACCCGUAUCAGUUUUCCAUAAGAGUGGACUGUGUCUGGGGUCACGAAGUUGUAUUCGGUGGCCUGUCGACUUUAAGAAGCGGUACCAUUCAUAUCCUCCACCUUUGUGAAGGAUAUCAGGACCCUUUUCACUCGAGAGAUCCUGGACAAUUUCUUACACGAGGGCCGAUACUUCUUUCUAUCUACGAUCAGGACAUCAGACGCUUUAAACGGGUUGGAUAUCACUGGAUACGCCAUACAGGGCAGUAUCACAACGCUCACCGCGUUGUCGACGGGGAACUCAUUCUUGCUUUUGAUCUCGGGUUGUUUGGGUCGUUCUCCUUUACUAACGCGAGCGAUAUUGAAAGAAUUGACGACGAGGGUGGGUAUCGUAUCACACUUGGUUGAACUUCCAUUCAGGCAGCACCAGAUCGACGCUUGGUAAAAUUGCUCGAUCUGGAAUACAUACCAUGUCUCUCCAUUGAUCUAUCAACUGGUCAAAUUAGUGGCCACUAUACAAUGCGUCUAUCGAUCAGCGGAUGGCUUUGGAAGGUAGUGAUGCAUAGGAUAUCGGUGACAAGAUUCAAAGGUGACUUGCA